ACAAAAAAAAAAAAAAAAGAAUCCCUUCCCUUCUCUGUGCUACUGGUCAAGGAGCCCAGAGAUUCUCAAUCUGAUAGUUGUCAAUUCAACAACUGAAUUCGUAAUAGAUGCUCAAUAAAUGCUUGCUCAAUCAAUGGAAGGCUAGAUGUGAGAUGUAUGUGGUAGUGAAGACUUGGGCCCUGUUUGGGACUGCUAGGUGGAAGCCAAGGGUCCUCAUGAAGGAGUCAGUGUUUCAGAGGGGAGAGAUGAACUUUUCAUGUAGUCAUACGAUCAACUGAGCACCUAUUACGUGCUAGGCACUGCCUUUGGAGCUGGGAGUGUAACCAUGAACAAGGCAAAGUUCUUGCUUGCAUAAAACUUGUAUUCUCGUGGGGGAACAUACAAUACAGUACCUCAGGGUACUGCUCUGAGGAAAAAUAAAGGAGGGUCAGGGGGCUGAGAGUAACAAGGUACUGUGUUAGGUAGUGUGGCCAAGGAAAGGCCCCUGCAGGGAGGGCAUUUGGGCAGAGACCUGGGUGACCCGGGACAAGUGUUCUAGGCUGAAGGAACAGUAGGUACAAAGGCCCUGAGACAGGGGCCUGCAGGGCCCAUAAAGAGGCCAGUGUGGCUGGAGUGAGGACUGUGAGGGGGAGAGAAGGACGAGAUGAAGUCAGAGAGGUCACAGAGCCCAUGGCCCAUCAAGUCCUUUUACCACAGAGAGAGAUGGAAGCCAGGGCAGAGUCUGAAGCAGAGGAGUGACAUAACCCGACUCUGGUUUCAAGUGGAUCCCCUGUCUGGUGUGAAGAUUCUAGUAGCUAGACUGAAAAGGCAGGGAGGCCUCCCUCACUUGGAAAAACAGGAGAGGCUGGAAGGAGGAGCACAAAAGAAGUGAGAGAGGAAGCCCAGGGGUGGGAGUGGGGGGCGCAGAUGGGAUCCUAGGGGCGGGAAAGGCUGCUGCACCAGCAGCUGGAAGGCCCUGGGGCUUCCCUUUGCCCAGAUGACUGAUCUAGCCAUGCUGUGAUGUGGGGAGAGGCAGAAAGGAGGGGCAGGGUGGGGUUCCAGUUGGGAUGGUGGGGCAUCUCCAGGAGGAAUGGGGGCUGGAGGUGUGGGGAGCCCUGUGGCCAGCUUGUGCCUCUUGCUCCACCCCAGCAGAACAUGGCUGCUCCUCAGACCUUCUCAGGCAGGUCCGCACUGCACUUGGGUGCCUGACCUUGCUGUUAUUAGUGGAGUUUCUUAUUGAGGGAAGAGUCAGGUGACCUUGAGUCCUUUACUCCCCCUCUCUAAACUUUUGAGUGAAAGAAGGGGUUUAACCUAGAUGGUCUCCAACCAAGCCCCUUCUAGCAUUUCUAUUAAUGGAUGGAAUCAGACACUGCAUCUCCCCUACCUCUCUACUGCCACAGUGGUUUCAGGUUCCUGUCACGCCCUCUGUCUUUCCAUCUCCCCAGGGCUCCCAUGUACAGUGGUGCAGGGCAUUCACCUCACAGGGGCACCCAGCCAAGGGAGUAAGUGGAGGCUCAAAUCAAGCCCAUAGUCUGCUCCACAAGCCAUGUGCCCUGGCUGGCUCAGGGAUGCAUUUACCCAAAGUAAAGAAGGCCUUUUUCCAGCUUGUUCUGAGGUGCAGUAUGGUUAGCCCCCACUCCCCUGUCCCAUGCUCACUCCAUCUUCUGCUCCUCUGUGUUCCUUUUGUCUUACCAUCCCCAGCCUCAAACAGGGCAGAUCUGAGGGCAGCAUUUACACGACAGGCCUGGGGGAGGGUGGAAGACAGCAGCUGCCUCAUCUGUGAGCUCUGCCUCCCAAGCCCUGUGGUGCUUUUCCUCUCCUUAUCAAUGCUGCGGGUUGCCUCUCGAAAUUGCUCUGCCGUCAUUAACACUGCGGAUUAGGUCAGAUGAGAGUAUGUUUGCAGUCUUGGAUGGCAAAGACAAAACGCUGAUGCUGAUUAUUCCAAAUCUUCUGGACAUGGCCCAUUCUGUGCUCACAGUUUGUAAUCAGAGGGACAAGCAUUGGUUACAUGGUGGGGUGGGCAGAGCUGUGGUUGGCUCUAAUCUGGUUGCCAGGCCCAGACAACACGUCUGCAGUGCCUGAUGGCCUGCCGGCUGGCUUGCCUAAAUAUCACAGGUGACCUCAGUUACUUGACACUAUCAUAUCCCUCAAAGAAGAAAUGACCUCUCCAAUGUCAACACCCAUAGACUGCUUUUGAACCAUCAGCAAUUCAUUUGCGCGAGCACUGUGAGCAUUUUGCUCUGGGUCUGAUCAGCAAGUUUUGUGUUCUGCGGUCACUGGUUAGCUAUGUAAUUAUGGGGUGUCUUUCAGACCACCUCUCCUUCAGUGUCCCCUUCUGAAAAGCCUCUGUGCCCAGAGGAGGCCAAGGCCCAUGGCCUUGCAUCAUGGCCCCUCACCUUCUGCCCUCAUAUUCUAUCUCUGCCACUUUCAUCCUGUGCUCCAGCCACACUAGGGUCCCCAAACACAGCUCUCUGGCCCUUAAUCAUGCUGGUCCCCUGCCAGAAGCACCUGUUCAGCCUUGUCUUCCAGGCAGAAGUUAGUUCAUCAUCCGUAGCAGCCACUGUCCUGUCUGUACCCUCACCUUUACCACUUCAGUGCACUCCAGCCCCACAUCCAACUGUCAGCACCUGUACUUCUUUGCCUGAUGCUUUCUCUGGCUUCUGGAACCUGCAUUGCCACUUUGUGCUGGUCAGGCCAGAAGUGUCAGGGAAUUAAAGCCCUCCAGAAGCGGCCCUCAGCCACUGAGCCAGUGACUGAUGAAAGUUGGUGUAUACAUACCCCUGCUCCCUCGCCCCUCUGGUGGGCUAAGUGUGAGGUGUGUUUUGUAUGGUCUCCUAGAGCUUCUCAGUGGGAAUGAGCCUUAGUUGCCCACAGUGAUAACUGAUUUGAUAAACCACCCUUAUAGGCUGCCUUCCUUACGUCACCUCCACACUCCCCACAUAGCAUUUCCUUAAUCUCCCCAAUAAACUGCUCACAUUUAAAUCUUUCUCUCGGGGUCUGCUUCUGAGGGAACCAAACAGACAUCAUCAAUGUCCAUCUCAGUGUCACCCCCUUUUUGCAGUUGCUCCUGACCCUCCCUUGUGCCCAUUCCUGGGGUAGAGCUGUUGGUCACUCUUCUCUACUCUCUGGGCCCUUUAUACCUACCUCAACAGCACUCCUCAUGCUGCAUUGUCAUUUAUUUUCUGCAUGUCCUGGGGUCCCCACUGGCCUGGAACUCUUUGGGGACAGAUACUAUGUCCUUUUCACCUCUUUAUUCUCUGAGCCUAACACAGCACCUGGCACAGAGACGGUGCCCAGUAUAAUUUUUUUUCCCCAAAGAGCCAGCCAUGGAAAUGCAAUGACUGAGAGGGAACGAAGAGAAACAGACAAGUUCCAGAAUUUUUCUAGAAAGAGAAUCCGGGGAUGCUGUCACAUUACAAGGUUAUGUGACCAGAUGCUGUCACAUUACAAGGUUAUGUGGUAGAACUUCAGUCUCACCACUCACCUGCUUAAUUACCUACAGUGGAUCCCACCUGUUGUCCUCCUCAACUGGGCCUAAUUUCAUGGAUGACUUUUAAGACCCUCCAUCAUCUGGCCCCAUCCUAAGAGGCAGUCAAGGUUUGUUCAGUCAGGCUUUGGUCUCAAUGGCUGGGGUUCAAAUUCUCACUCUGCCAGUUCCCAGCUGGGUGAUCAUGGGCGAGUUACUUAGCUUCCCUGGGAUAAUAAUACCUCAUGCCUGUACUUAUUUUGAGAAUUUAUACUCACGCAUAGUCCUUGUGAAUAUAUUUAAAACCACUGAAUUGUACACAAAAUGGUGGAAUUUUGUAGUACGCAAAUAAUAUCUUAAAAAUUAAGCAUGGUGUCUGGCCCAGGAUAGUCUCUUCGAAAACGGAAUGGUGGUUAUCACUGUUUCCAAGGAAGUUUUCCAAGGGGCCCUAGCACCUGGCCAGGCACAGGGCAGGUAUUCUGUAAAUACUGGUAGAAUGAAUGGAUAACAUAUUCCACAAGUAUGUCUGGAACAUGUGUAGGACAGGUAUGGGGUGGGGGGAGGGAACAGAGAGUCCAAGCCCAGUUUUGCAUCCUUCAGAAAAGGAGGCCCGACUUAUCCUGCAGAGAGGGUCUUAAGCCCAAACCGGAGAGUGGAGCCUUCUGACGCAGCAAGCCUCCGCUGCCCUGGGCAUCCCAGCGCCUUUGUUCUUGCUGUCGGGUCCCAGGUUGCAGAACACAGUGCAGCCAAUCCUGAGCCAUGGGUAAAAGGAAAACACUUAACCCGGGCCGAUGAAUGUGUUCUUAUUUAUCUUUGACUCUGGCUGUAUCUGAUGUUCUGGGAAUUGACUUCAAACAGAAUCUCGAGGCGCCUGUUAAGGCCCAGCUGCCAAAGCCAGGCCCGCGGGGCGUGGCUUUUCCAGGGCCAGCCUCAGGCUCUAGGCCUCGCCAGGACCCCUCCCCGGGGCACAGGGGCGCGUCGCGUCCAAACGCCGGGCGGUGGGCGCAGAGGAGGUUUCAGCUCCGCAAGGGUGAGACUGAGGCUGAGGAGGGGUCACUGGAGAUUUCCUGGAGACGACCCUCUGUGCGAAGCCCUGGAGAGACGCCACAGCGCAGCAAACCCAGAAGGGCGAAACUGGGGCAGGGUGGGGCCGCAACGGGCCUGGCUGGGAGGGGGCCCGCCUGAGAAGUGCCUCAACUCUCUCCUCGCUCCCACGGCUGGGAUCAGAGACCAGCACACAGCAGGCGCCUACUUGGUGCGGGUUGCAGAGAACCCCCGGGGAUCUCGGGCCGCCCUCUGUCUGGCUGGAGGAAGCUUCUAGACCUGGGGGCUGGUUAAGCUGUGUGGUCACGACGGGCCGGGGAUGGGGAGGGCACUGUCGCGUGGCUUAGGUGGCUGACUCCUCGUGGCCAGGCCCGGCGAGAACCAGAGGCAGAUGGGGGAGCGCCCAUGCACCCACUCUGCCUAGGCCUAAGGACCCUCACUGGGAAACCGAGGCGGCUCCUCCAGACACCGGGGUCGGCCCCACAUGCUUCCCCAGGAGAUGUGUAAUCUGUUUCUGGACUGAGACCUGCCCUCCGUUGGAACGCACCCUCAGCAAAGAUCCCCCCCUCCAAACCUCUGGUUGGGGGUUGCUGUCUCUUUUGCACAGGUCCCUCCCCACCCCCGCUCCACAUAGACCCUUCUCAUACAGAUGCCCCUUGGUUCACACAUCCCUUUCCCUCCCCGGAGAUGGAGACCCCUCAGGGAGGUGGGGAGUGGAGGGCGGGCGCAGACGGAGACGCGCACGGCCGAGACCAUCUCUAGCUGUCACUCCCCAGGCUCCCAGCAUCUGGAGCCGCGUCUCCACGCCCGCCACACGCACAGAGAUUCACAUGCUCGCACGGACACACUCACACUAGCGCGCAGACCCCGCCCGCGGCCCCGCCCCGGCCCCUGCGGGCGUCCCCUCCGGCGCUCGCGCACCCGGCGCGCAGCCCGCCCCGGGUGGCGGGAGGCGGCGGCUUCGAGCAGAUUUGAUUUUCCCGCAGCCCGGGAGCCCCGGAGCCAGAGCCCGAGCCGAGGAAGUGGCGCUCGCAGCCGCGUCCCCACCCCCGCCGCGGAGACCCAGCGAGAGGCGCCGCAGCCCCUGCGCUCCGGGCUCGCUCCGCGCUGCCUGAGUUUGGCCACCCCCGCAGCUCGCGCCCCAUCCGGCCCCCCACACCCCUCUCCUUCUCCUGCACCCUUUCUGUCCCCGCCCCAAGCUCCCCGCCCCUCUCCCGGUGCCCCCUCCACGACUCCGCGCGUCCCUCCCGGUGCCCUCUCCCCGCGCUCCUCCGCCUCUCCCGGCUGCGCCUCAGCUCUCUGUGCUCUUUGCGCCUCUCCGCUGGGCCCCCAGCCUCCUCGUCGCGUCACCCGCGCCCCCUCCUGUAUCCUCUGCCCCCGCUCCCUCCGCCCCGCUUCCCUCUCUCACUUCCCACGCCCCCUCUUCGCUCUCCUCUUUCCUCCCUUUGCCGCCCAGCCCCGGCUCCGGAGUUGGGGGAGAGCCCAGGGUUUCGGUUGCUCCGGAGGAGGCGUGAAUCGCGCAGGGAUUUACUAAUUUGGGGUGGAGGGCGCGGUGGGCUAUGGAGCAGCCCGAGGACAUGGCGUCGCUGAGCGAGUUCGACUCCUUGGCGGGCAGCAUCCCGGCCACCAAGGUGGAGAUCACCGUGUCCUGCAGGAACCUUUUGGACAAAGACAUGUUCUCCAAGUCUGACCCAUUAUGCGUCAUGUAUACUCAAGGGAUGGAGAACAAGCAGUGGCGGGAGUUCGGACGCACUGAAGUCAUCGACAACACACUCAAUCCCGACUUUGUGCGCAAAUUCAUCGUGGAUUACUUCUUCGAGGAGAAGCAGAACCUCCGUUUUGACCUAUAUGAUGUUGACUCCAAGAGUCCUGAUUUAUCCAAACACGAUUUUCUGGGCCAGGCCUUCUGCACCCUUGGAGAGAUUGUGGGGUCCCCUGGGAGCCGCCUGGAGAAGUCCCUCACAAUAGGAGCAUUCAGCCUGAAUUCCAGGACAGGCAAACCCAUGCCAGCUGUAUCCAACGGUGGUGUCCCAGGGAAGAAAUGUGGCACCAUCAUCCUGUCCGCUGAGGAGCUCAGCAACUGCAGGCUGAGCUGAGGCCCAGAGACAGGAGGAAACUCGCCCACAGUCAGCAGCAGAGCUGGGCUGGGAGCCCUGGUCCACUCCCCAUCAUGGCCACCGCUCACUUGUCCUUGAGCCAAGACUGCCUUGGCACUGACACUAGCAACAGAGGGGCCUUUUCUUGGAGCCUGGGCGCUUGGCAUUUAGUUGUCAUUUUUCACUUUUAGCUCUGGAGUAGGGUGACACCCCUGCAUGGGGCUGAGGGAGAGAGAGCAUGUGGGGUGUGUGUGUGUGUGUGUGUGUGUGUGUGUUGGGAAGCCAGAGUCUGCAAUCCUAGGCAGCCCUUGGUUUUGCUUCUUCUGUGGGACUGUGGAAAAGAAGGAGAUGGGGACAGCUGGCAGGUAGCUGAGCACCCAAGAAGGGGCUCAGGGGACCCAAUGGCUAACAAUGCUGAUAAAAUGCAGUAAUGGUGAUAGUUUCUGUCUGUCAAUGUCUGGGCAUUUUACAUGUUAUCACUACUUCUGACAACAAUCCUAAGAGGUAGGGUAACCAUUGUUAUUCCCAUUUUAUGGAUGAGGAAAGUGAGGUUCAGAGGACCUGUUCAAGGACAAUAAGUGGUAGAGCCAGGGUUCUAAUCCAGGUCAGCCUGAUUCUGAAACCCAGGCUUAUUCCCCUAAACUACCCAGGCUUGCAUGCCCCUUAGGUUAAUUAGGAGCCACAGGUGAGAACAUAGAGGGUCAUAAGGAGAAAAGGAGGAGACAGCGACAGUGUGAGCACAAGACCAAUUCUGGUGUAACCUGGGAACUCAGCUUCCUAUGGGGCUGGAUCCAACUCAGAUUAGAGGGCCUGGGAGGGAUGAGGAGAAACAGCAUUUUCUGACCUUCCUGGGAAGGCAGUAUAACUAUUGUAUCCAUUAGCUAUCAGUACUUACCAUAUUAGAAGUUAAAAUUGAGGGACUUCCCUGGCAGUCCAGUGGUUAAGACUCCGCGCUUCCACUGGAGG